AUGGUUACAAAAGAAUAUACGUUUCGGUCGAAAGACAAAGAGGUACGGAAAACCAACGACAGUUCCAUUCUUUCCAAAGCGUCAGUUGAAAAAUGCGGCUACCCAGGAUUCGAUAAAAACCACAGUUACUACAGGCCGUUUAUUAGUAAAACUCCUAGGAGAUCGCCAAGCGUAAACAGAGGUUAUUGGACUCGUUGUAUAGCGAUAAGGUUUGCUAUUGAGAAAUUCGUAGAAAAGAAGUGUGGAAAACCAAAAGCUAUUGUGAAUCUGGGAGCCGGAUACGAUCCAUUGGCUCUGCAGCUUUUGAAUUCAUACAGUGAUCAAAGCACUGAAGACAUCGUGUUUUACGAUGUAGAUUAUCCAGAGUCCAUUGAAAAUAGAGUGAACAUGAUCAUGUCUGAUGAUUUCCUCCGUGGAAUAAUCUAUAAAAAUGAUUCUGAUAUAGAAGAACACAACGAGAUUCAUACCAAAAGCUAUCACACGGUCGGUUGUAACUUGAAAGAAUUGGAUUUUCUUCAAAAGAAGCUAGAUGAAUGUGGCCUCGACUACAAAACCACCUCAAUUCUUUUCGUUUCCGAAGUUGCCGCGGUUUAUAUGCCUGUCAAUGCGUCGGAUUCACUACUAAAAUGGAUGUCUCAAUUUCCAGAUGCUCAUUCUUGCUUUUUAGAGCAGAUCGCUCCUGCUGGAUUUAGCCAUCCAUUUGCCAAGGUUAUGGUUAAACACUUUAAAGAAUGGGGUUCCCCACUACAUGGCCUUGCCGCAUAUCAUAGUUUAGAAGCUUUAAAGUGCAGAUGGGCAAAUCUGGGCUGGGAACAUGUAGAAGUGUUUGAUGUCUGCACUUUCUGGAAUUUCUUAUUGAGCGAAAAAUAUCGAAUAGAAUGUGAACAAACCGAACCUUUUGAUGAAUGGGAAGAAUUUUACUUCUUCCUUCAACAUUACAGUAUUCAACAUGCCAGCAGCACUUUGGACCAAAUUUACAAUAUGGUUGAAAAUCCAAAUCCUUAUAUGCAAUAUUAUCGUUAUCAAGUCAAUGGACACGAAAUCUCACCGGUUCAGUGUAAAACAUCGCUAUCAAAUAAGCGCAUGGAACUCACUACGGUUGCGGCCGGAAUUAAGGAAGCUCUUCCCAGUUGUCGGUCUGCUGGCGUUGGUGUUUCUGAAAAUGGAAUAUUAUUGCAAGGAGGUCUUUCACCGUCUGGUCGUUCUGAUUCUGCCUUUCUAAUUACGGAGAAGCAAAAUGUUAAAGAUAUCUCCAGUGCUGAACUACGCCCUCGUGUGAGCCAUGCAAUAACACCGGUGAAUAAUGGAGAUUAUAUGCUCAUAGGAGGACGAGAAUCGCCAGUUAAAGCUCUUGAUUCUUGUUACCUAUACUCAAAUGGAGCAUGGAAACAAGGAGUAUCUUUACCCUAUCCAGCAUUUCGUGUUUCAACUACAACAGUACAUUAUGAAAAUAAAACUUAUAUUCUGCUUCAGGCCGGCAAGCCACAUGGUGGUUGGCUUAUUUGGUCGGAGCAUACGAAGGAAUGGUCUCCAGUUCUUUGUACAGAACCCUCUUUAAGUCAAAGCUGGGGUUCUAGCAUCCAUUAUUCUUCACAGCUACAAUUUGGAUUCCUAGUGGGUGGCAUGGAUCAUAAAAAUUCACCUAUUGGGGAUGUUUGGGAAUGGAAGCUUGAAAGGCAAAAUGAUCGUUUCAAACUAUACUUCUCACCAUGGAAUUUGAGUGAGGAUUUAAAGAUUUUACUUGCACGAGUCAAUAGCAACCUUGUAGUUUUCGACGAAAAUAAUACUAAGCCAAUGAUUAUUGGCGGGGCAGGCCUGUAUAAAACAAUGAAAUGGGAAGAGGAAGCAUUUGUCAUUAAUAUGAUCGAUCGAGAUAUUGAAAACGUCUGCCUAGAAGAACACGAAUCAAGGCCGGCUUUAGUUGCUUGUCAAUGCUGCCGUUUUGGUGAUCUCCUGUUUGUUUUUGGGGGUGGUUGUAUAUGUUUUUCUUUUGGAUCUUUCAUCAAUGAAAACGUUCACUGUUUUAAAAUUUCUCAGCAAUAG